GUUCCUGUUUAGGAAUGUGCUGCUGUGUACAAUGUGGAAUGUUCCUAUAUUGUUAAGUAGCCAACACAGUUUUGCUCACUUUGCAGUAGGCCAACUUUGGUCUUGUCUAGCAACCGGACAGAUUUUCUUCCAAGCUAAUUAGAAAGAGUUUGUAGAAGUGAAUCGGCGUCAUGGACUACUUACUGUUUGUUACGGGCAGCGGUGCCAGAGCUGUUAGAGAGACCAUCGUGCAGAGGACUGUGGCCUGGACCUGGAGAGGAGGAGAUCCAGCUUCCUCAGCCCCUUACUGGAACUAUCGAAGUUAACGACAAUGUGCACAUCCAAAAAGAUACUGGCCAGAAAAAGACUCCGGAGAAAAAGGAUGGGAGGCGCAUGUCAUUCCAGAGACCCAAAGGGACCAUUGAAUAUUCUGUUGAAUCGCGGGACACAUUGAACAGCAUUGCCCUGAAGUUUGACACCACACCCAACGAACUGGUUCAGCUAAACAAGCUUUUCUCCAGAGCAGUGGUGCCGGGCCAGGUUCUAUAUGUUCCUGAUCCCGAGUACAUCUCCAGUGUCGGAAGCUCUCCCUCACUCAGUCCCAUCAGCCCCUUGUCUCCCACCUCCUCAGAUGCAGAUUUAGAGAAGGUGACGGACUCACAGACCCCAAACAAACCAGGAGGUUUUCACGCUCCAGUGUUCUCCUCCGUGAGCCAUUCCAGAGUGGUGUCAUCCACCUCAGAGGAGGAAGAGGCCCUAACAGAGAAGUUCCUCAAGAUCAACUGCAAAUACAUCACUGAGGGCAAGGGUGCGGUUAGCGGGGUGUUGCUGGUGACACCCAACAACAUCAUGUUUGACCCCCACCGGAUGGACCCCCUGGUUCAGGCCCAUGGAUGUGAGGAGUAUGGCAUUAUGUGUCCUCUGGAAGAAGUGCAGUCUGCAGCCAUCUUCAAAGAGAUCACUGAUCUCAAGAUCAGGGAGGCUGUACCUGAUGACCUGGAGCCCCUUCCUGUUGAAAGACAUCCCUCCCAGAAAGAUCCAGAUCAGCGCUUGAGGGAGCCAGGAGCAUAUGACAGUGGAAGCACAGUCCCUCGCAGCACAGAGGGCUCCAUCUCUGAAGAUGUUUUUACUGAGCCAGAGCUGUCCCCCAUCCGGGAAGAGGAGCAAGCAUCUAAUGAGGACCUUUGUCUGGACAAGUCUUCUGGUGCCUCAACAGAGUCUGUGAAAACUGUCACUCAGGUGGAGAUCACCAGUGAUAGCUCCCAGGCCCGGGGCUCAACCAGCCAGCUGAAGGAGCUUGCAGCAACUAAAAUGGCAGACAAUACUCCAGACUCUGCCAGAGUACAAGAUAGCCAGCCCCCUACAGAUUCCAAGCAGCAUAGUGUAGAGGAGCCACCAAGCACACAAACUACCACCAGCAGCAGCCCUAGCCAGGCCCGGGGUCGCAGCAGCAGCAGCAGCAGCAGCUCUCACAAGGGGCCCCAAAGCUCAGUUACCCCUGGUACCAUAGAUACCAGCUCUGUUUCAGCCAGUCCACAGGGGGAUAGCAGCCAUGGGACAGACAGCUUUGAAACAAACACUAUGCAAAGAGGCAAGGAGGAAAAAGAGAAUGAAGAGCAGACUCAAAGUGAAGAGAGUCUGAAGAACCGCUCUCAUAAGUUCCUAUGUCUGAGGGUUGGGAAGCCCAUGAAGAAGACAUUUAUUUCUAAUGCCAGCGCCUCGAUGCAGCAGUAUGCCCAACAGGGCAAGAAACACGAGUACUGGUUCACUGUGCCACAGGAGAGGUCAGAGCACCUUUACGUGUUCUUUAUGCAGUGGAGCCCAGACAUGUAUGGUGAGGGAGUCAAGGGGAUGGGACAAGAACCUGGAUUUAUGGUUGUCAAGAAGAUUGAGGCGUCAGAAACAGCUGAUGAUGAAGCCAUCACUGACCUCAAUGUCAAGGAGUGGGAGGUAGUGUCUCUGACGGAGUACCACCGUCGGAUUGAUGCACUUAACAGUGAAGAUCUGCGCUCGCUCUGCAAACGACUCCAGAUCACCACCAAGGAAGAGGUAAACUCCAAGCAUGGUACAUCUGUGAAGACAGAGCUGGAAACAGAAACAUUCAAACCCAACCUCAGAGAACCAAGCGAUCUCUUGGAGGCCGAUCAGAUAGAAAAGCUUGCAAAGAAUCUGCCACCACGGACCAUUGGAUACCCAUGGACGCUGGCUUUCGGAACAACGAAACAUGGCAUGAGCAUUAAGACACUGUACAGAGCCAUGCAGGGCCAGGACACCCCCGUACUCAUGGUUAUCAAGGACAGUGAUGGCCAGGUGUUUGGUGCAUUAGCAUCUGAGCCCUUCAAAAUCAGCGAUGGCUUUUACGGCACAGGAGAGACAUUCCUCUUCACAUUCAAUCCGGAGUUUGAGGUGUUCAAAUGGACAGGUGACAACAUGUUCUUCAUCAAAGGAGAUAUGGACUCCUUAGCUUUUGGUGGAGGAAGCGGAGAGUUCGGCCUGUGGCUGGAUGGAGACCUCUACCAUGGCAGGAGUCACUCUUGUAAAACAUUUGGGAACCCAAUGCUUUCUAAAAAGGAGGAUUUCUAUGUGCAGGACAUAGAGAUCUGGGCUUUUGAAUAACAAAACAGUUCACCACAGGGAAUAAAAACAAGUCCUGUGAAAGGC